AUGUUUGAAUCUGGGUUUCUCCUGAUUUUUGCGAUUUUCUGUACCCAAAUCGGGGUUUCGCAAAUCUUCAAUACGGAAUUUGGAUCGGGCUUCGCCGCCGAGACCGAGCAGGUUCGCGAGAAACGCCAGUGGCUGUCUGGUGACCUGCUCGCCUACAAGGCCACCAGACCACCUGGCGCGGGAGCUGCCCCGGCCGGUAAGAAAAAUGCUGCCCCUGUGCACGCUCCACCAGCCCCGUGGCUGAACAACCCCGCACCGGCUCCGGCAACGACCACAACGACUACAAAAGCGCCGACAACGACCACUACCACUACAACUACGACUACAACCACCACUACGACCACGACUACUACCACGACAGCGGCGCCGAUAACGACGACGUGGUCUUGGGAAGAAGUUACCCCGGUCUCGUCGACGUCAACGACGACUACGACCACCGCCCCUACGACUGAUGUUAACUUGGGAUUGCCGUCUACGACAGUCUGGAUCGGCAUCCAGAGCACUAGCCACCAGCUUGUGACCGAUACAUCCGUCAUCCCCGUGCCG